CUCGGCUGGUGACAGCUGAUGGGCUUGAUAAUGGAUAAUAUUUAUGAUGAUAGGCUAAUAGCCUUUACUUUGAUAAUAGGAUAAUAGCCCAUAUACGUUUACUAAAGCCCAUACACGUUUGUUAAAGUUAGACCGCUAACAUUUCCGAAUGAUCAAUAUUUAUACCACUCGGCUUUAUUGGUAUUUGCCCGGAAGUAUUAGAGAAAAAUUAAAAAGAUCUCAGUGCCACUGUAAACGAGGAAAUAGAGGGAAAAGUGGUAACUUCAGCCCAGGCUAUGGCGUCGUCAUGUUCGACGGUUCGUCGAUUGGCUAGUUUUCUUUCAGCCAGGAUCCGAGAAAACCUCUUGAGACGGCUAAGCUCUACAGCCUCAUCCUCUGCGUCUCUUGUCCAACGGCAAAUUCCCGAAGCGCUAUCUUCGUUUCCCUCCCAAUCUGAACCUAUCGUCGCCGUUCACAUGACCGAUAAUUGCGUUCGGAGAAUCAAAGAUGUGAAAUCUCGAGAAGGGGAGGAAAAGAUGCUUCGGUUGUCUGUAGAGUCCGGAGGUUGUUACGGGUUUAAGUACAACUUCUAUUUUGAUGAUAAAGGCGAUUCGGAUGACAGCAUCUUUCAGCGUGAAGGGGUGGAAUUGGUGAUUGAUAAAAUCUCUCUUGAUUUUGUGAAAGGUGCUACUGUUGAUUAUGUUGAAGAUCUUAUUGAUUCACACUUCCAGGUAUCCACGAAUCCAAGUAAAGUGAAUGGUUGCGGCUGUAAAACUUCCUUUAUGGUGGAGUAGUAUCUUAUUGUUGUUUUUCUUCCAUGUGUUCCUUCGCAUUGCAAGAGUAUGGUGUCAAUGGGGUUGUGUUUCGUGGUUGGAAUUUUAUCUUCGUAGUUUGGUACUUCCUUUCGGUCCUUAAUAUAAGUCAUUUUAAUUUUGUUCUAAAUUUCACCUAAUAUGUAUUUUUAAUUAAUGAAAAAAUUUUAAAAAUAUAAUUUCACAUUCGUUAUGUUUUCUUGAUUGUUAGGAAAUAUUUUUGAAUUUUUUUUGUCAAUUUAAAAUAUGUACUAGGUGAAAUUUAGGACAAAUCAAAACGUCUUAUGUCAAGAAUAUGAGAGAGUAUCAAUAUUUAUUCUAUCGCUGCAAAUCUACACCUCGGUGAACAUAAGCACUCUUAUUAGCAGUUCACAAUUUAUUUCAUGAUGAUCAAAUUUUUCUCAACUUCCAUAUGCUUUUGGUAAACAAAUAGUAUAUUGGCUUACAUUUAAACCGGCAAAGAGUUAGCUCACUUGCUUUUAUUGAUAGAAAAAAUUAAUCAAUGACAAAGUACAAUAAUAAUCGAAUAAAUCUUUCCUAAAAUUUUGAAGGUAAUUUUCUCCACUAUCUACUAAAACAGAUAUUCUAACCAAAUUCGUAGCAAAUAAAUGAAUACCUACUAUGAAUCAGAUUCCUUUCAUAUUUUACAACGGUACAAAUACAAUCCCUAAGGAAAUAUAACCCUCUUGCAGUCCCUGUAUUUGGGACAAUCAUCGUAAGUUUUAUAUUUUUUUAUACUAAACUAGCGUUG